AUGUCGGAUGACGAGGCGGACCCGGAACUCCUGGAAUUGCUGCGUCAAUCGCUAGGCCUGGGUCCAGGCUCCUCCACCGCUCCUCCCACCACGGGGGUGCUCAAGUCGGCCGAAUAUAUAUACGAUAAUUCGAUCGAUGUCGCCAUAUCGACGGCGGGAACAAAGGCGGCCGCAGAGACCAUAUGGCUUUUGAUGCAACAGAAGAGCUAUUCGACCCAGACUUGGUCGGAACAUGAGCUCCAUCCACAGGCCAAGGACGAGGCCACGGUCAACUUCAUAUUCACCAUGAACCUACUGAACUUCUCAUUUUGGUCCGAGUUACCACCAGAAGAACGUUUCGCAGUGGAGUACAAAGAUCAGCGAUGGACGGGGUAUUGGUCUUUGGUGGCAGCUCUGCAAAGAGCGUUGGAUGAAGGCUACGCAAUCACCACACCAGAUUUCUGGCAAGAUCUCGACGCCUGUCCCGACUCAACAUUAGCCCACAUCUUCCGCUCCGCGACCGCCGAACCCAUCCCCUUACUCAACGAACGGAUCGCCAUCCUCCGCGAAGCAGGCACCAUCCUAUACAACGACUUCGGCUGCAGACCCAUCAACAUCAUCUCCCACGCGAAUCAAUCAGCAGCCUCACUUGUGAACCUGCUGGUCGAAUCAUUCCCCAACUUCCGCGACACGGCCACCUUCCACGGCAAGCCCGUGAAACUCUACAAACGGGCGCAGAUCCUCGUCGCCGACCUGUGGGCCUGUUUCAACGGGACGUCCUACGGCAGCUUCACCGACAUGGACAGCGGCGCGCUCACCAUGUUCGCCGACUACCGCAUUCCGCAGAUGCUGCAGUCGCUCAGCUGCUUGUGGUACUCACCGCGGCUGGAGUCACGGAUCGCCCGGUGCGACGAGCUCAAGCCCGGCGAGGACAUGGAGGUCGAGAUUCGUGGCUGCAGUAUCUGGUGCGUCGAGCUGCUGAGGCAGGAGAUCGAGAGGAAACAUCCCGAUGCCAAAGGAAAGCUUAACGCCGUCUUGAUUGACUUCUUCCUGUACGAUACGUGCAAGGAGAUGGAGAGGAAAGGUGAGAUUGAUGAUGUCUUGACGCAUCAUCGGACGAGGUCGAUUUUCUACUAG